AAGACCAACAAACUGGGCUAAUAAGUGAGAUACGAAUUGAAAAUGACAUAUAGCGACAUCUACGAAAUGUGGUGCAAAUUCGAAUGACAGGUAAUAAAAAAUCAAUCGCUAAUUAAUCGUUUGCGAAAUUUUCGUAGCAUUUGGAUACGAUUCCAUAUCGCAUAUAAAGCGUGGGCGUCCCAAAUCUCAACAGACUCCACUUUGAAGCGCCCAACAGUUCGGAAGUAUUAUCCCUUUAACCGUACAACAUGCGUCUCCUCAUUAGUUUCGUUGGUCUUAUCGCCGUUGCCUGCGCCGAUAAGCUGGGCUACAACUAUCAGCCUGUGGAUCACUCUAACUCUGGACUGUCUUUCACACCCGGCAACAUUGGCUAUAAUCAAGGCCUGGAUCAAUCCGGCUACGUUUCAUCCGCAGACAACGGUGCUAUCUCUGCUGGUCCCGCUCAAGUUGCUGAUCAGGCUUACCAAGCACCUGUUGAGCUCACCAAGGAAUUCUUUUCAUACACAGCCGAUGAGGGCGAUUUCCAAGCACCUGCCAAUGCCGAUCAGUUGUCCAAUGGUCUGCGCAAAGCACUGCGAGUGAUCUUCAUCAAGGGACCCGAAAACAGUGGGAUUGAGGAUGCUGCUUUGGCACUGGCAAAACAGUCUGCUGAGCAACAAACCGCCAUUUAUGUCCUGACUAAGCAAGCCAACGUCAACGAUCUGGCCAACAAGCUGAACAGCAUUCGCACCAACAACAACAACAAGCCCGAGGUUCACUUUGUCAAGUACCGCACUCCUGAGGACGCUGUCAAUGCUCAGCGUGCCAUCCAGGGACAGUACGAUCAACUGGGCGGUGUCACCUCUCAUCAAGAUGGUGGCGUUGCUCCUGUGCUGAACUUUGCCUCGCAAGCACCUGUUGCAGCUCCAGCUCCAGCUCAAGAGCCCUUGAACUCGUAUCUGCCCUCAUCACUGUUUCGCAAUCGCGCAUAAGCUCAAUGAACUCAACAACCAGACUGACUGACCAUAACUGAUU